AGUGUGUUCGGAUCCGCUGACACGCCCAUAAGGGCUUGAUUCGCCGGGCUUUACAGACCGCACUCGAGACGCUGCGAGAUACCGGACGGAUUCCUAAGGUGCAUCUCCUAGUGCUUAAGUGAUUUUCGAGGUGGAAAGGAAGCAGGAACGGACGAAUAACGGAUUUCCCCCUUUAUCUCUGUCUUAUCAUUUGAUGAGGAUACUUGGAGGAGAGGCUUUGCUGUAAGAGGUGUCAUACUGAGACAGAGAGAGAGAGAGAAAGCAUAGCCAGUAUGAAGAAUCAUCAUCUGUUCAUCUUGAGUUUGCUGUUCUACUCAGCAUUCUCUGCUACGCUGAAAGCCCAAGAAGCAUCGCAGACGUUGUUUUUUGGGGAAGACUUCCACAUCCCCUUGCCGGCAGGAGGAGCUGACGUGUCCUUCAGGCCUUCAUUUGGUCCAGGACGCGAGAAGCCACUGAUGAGAGCUGGGAAAGUGGUGGACCGUCGUGCCGCGCUCAACACCGGUAUGAGCCACCUGAUUUUGGAGAAUGUUGGAGAAAGCGACGAAGGAGUUUACACCAUCACAUCCAACCAAAACACAAAGGAAGUUACAACCAUGAAGCUCUAUAUUAGAGACUGCUCAAGUGAGGUCAAGGUGUAUUAUGGUUUAGAUUUUCAUGUUUCACUGAAUGAUAUAUCACAGCCGUUGCGCAUCGGCUUUCGCCACAGUGCAGUGGAGGCCAAUCAGACGUCACUGCCUGCUGCCAACCUGCUAAAUGAUGAUGGGACGCCCAAGGAGACUUACCAGGAGCGGCUCAAGAUCGAUCCUCAAAAGUUCGUUUUGCGUGCUGUCACAGGGGCUGAUGAGGGCAGUUACACCUUCAGUGAUUCCAAUGGCAAAGUCAAGAAGAAGAUUUGCCUGAAUGUGAAAGAACAUCAGGUAUUUGAACCCGUUUCAUACGGUGACACUGUGAAAAUAAACCUGCACUUGAAUAGGUCUUUAGUCCGCCUGAACUACACCCCUGAGUCCGAUAAGCUCAAGUAUUUGAUUAUGGAGAGCGGAGAGCUCAGUGUGCCUCCUAACCUGGACCUCGAGGGUCGCCUUACUUUGGAGGACUCUGUGUGUGUCCUGACGGAUGUGAAGGCCAGCGAUGCCGGUGUUUUCAGUGUGACGGACCUUCAGGGAUUCUUGGUGUCUGAGUUCCACCUGAGUCUGAAACCCUACAGUAUUCCAAGACUGUACAUUGCCAUCAUCGCUCUGGUAGCAUUAUUGGUGUUGCUGCUGUUGGUGUGCUUGGUGUCGUGUUUGGUGAAGAUACGCAAACGUGCAGCAAAGGCCAGAGCCAUUGAGGAGAAAGCCCAGAAUGCUGGAAAAGUGGAAGGAGAUGCCUUCAGACAGGUUGUGAAAGACGCCUGUACCCGUCAAAAUGAGGAAGCCCCAGCCCUAUCACAGAAAGAAGACAUUACUGAAAAAUCACAGAGCACAGAGGUCAGCAUUAAGGGUUUGGAAGUGUCUACAAAAGAGCCAAGUCUACAAGAGAGGAAUAUGGAGACCAGUGACUCUGGAGUGGGCUUUAAUACCACAGGGCUCCCGCUUGACAGUGACACAGAUGCCCCAACAGCAGCCAUAGCAGAUUCUGAUGUUUUAAGUUCCUCUGCUGCCCCGGAAAUCAAAGCUGUUCCCAACCAAAUUCCAGAACCAAAGACGACCCCCUCCCCUCCAAAACCAGCAUCAGCUUCUGAUCUCAAACCAACACCCGUGGUCAAGUCAACAGCUCCUCCACCACCUUCUCCUGAACCCAAGCCUCCAGUAACACCUGAACCCAAACCUGCAGUCACACCAACACCUGAACCCAAACCUGCUGCUACACCUGAACCAAAAAUGACCAUCUCGCCACCACCUGAAACAAAACCAACCUUAACCCCAUCACCUGAACCCAAACAUCCUGUGAUACCUGACCCAAAACCAACAAGUCCGGCACCUGAGGCUAAACCAAUUCCAAGCCCAACUCCUGAACCUCCAAAAGCAGUAACACCAACUCCUGAUGCAAAACCAGCCAUUACUCCAGAUGCCAAACCAGCUGUUUCACCUACUCCAGAACCCACACCAGCUAAAAUUGGCACUCCUGAACAGAAACCUGCUGUGAGCCCCACACCUGGUCCCAAGACUCCAGAUCCUAAAGCAGUUUCUCCAGUCCCUGAGCUUAAACCAACUUCGCCCACUCCACAGUCUAAAUCACCAAUCUCACCAAUUCUCGACUCAAAACCAACUACAAAUGGCACUCCUGAAUCCAAGGCUGAAUUAGGAUCAGAGCCAAGUGCGCCCCUGUCUCCUGGGCUGGAUGUGAAGGGCACUACCCCUCCCAAAACCCCUGAUACCGGGAAAAGCUCAGUUAAAACUCCUGAGCUCAUCUCCACUGGAGGUCUUGACUCGGCUUCAACCAAUGACAGUGCACCGCCUCCAAGCACCGAUGGAGCGGCCACCAACUGAGAUUAAAACCAUAGCCUCUUCCUGCCUCCUCCUAGUGUAUUAACCACCACAGACAAUCGAGACACUUGUCUUAACAACAAAUAAGAGCUAAGUGACUUCCUAAGGAGGUGGGGUCUUUUGAGUCUCACUUUUAAUACGAUUAACAUGCAUCAAUAGAAAGAUCCACUGUAAAUCCACUCAGUUUACUAAUAUUUAGUCACCACAUAAAAGGGUUUGAAUACAGAGAUGAAGCACUCCAGACCCUACACUAUUGGCUGAUUUAAUACAGAACGAGGGAGGCUGUUCCAAGAAAGUGUACAAAGACAAAUGUUCCUUCACAGAAAUAAUACAUCACUGCAUGAAGAUAUUGAAAAAAUAAAUGAUAUUAUCAGUUCUGUAAUCCAAGAUUACUACAGUUGAAUUUGGGGAAGGCACCCAGGGGCAUGGGACAUUAAUCAUUUUCAUUCUAUACGAAAUCAUUUCUGCUCCAUUUUGAAAAGUUAGAGACUCCGAAUUGCAGGAUUGAUACUGAGGAAGCAGUGUGGCAAGUUUCUGCUAUUUAUGGACUGGAAAAUGGAAACGCCUUGUGUCACUUUGACACAUGCAAGUCAACGUCAUUUUGACAAGAGAUAAACUAGGCAACUCCUAGAGUAAAGUGCAGUGCAAAGCCAAACGAAGAAAAUCCAUUUGACCAAAAACAUCACAAUCCUUCAUAGACUAAUCUGUGACUUUGUGCCUGGAGGACAUUUUUGAAAAUCUUCUUCUAUCAGUCCAACCUAAGACACAAGCUGUUCUUAUCCAGAGAUGUGACUGACCACAUUUCUGUCCAUUCAGUAACAAAAAUAUUACUGUGGAAAUAUUCCUCAAUUGUUUCUGUGAGCAAGAUCCCUUCAUACAACUGACAACCUUGUCGGCAACAGGUACAAGUUACUUCUUUGAGUGAGUUGUUUUCAGACUAAUCGAUCUUGAUGGGGAGGCUGAAGGACCCAAAAAGAUGUUAUAUAAAUCAGGUGUUGACACAUGUA